AUUAGAUUAUUAUAGAUUAUAGAUUCUUACGUUUAAAAAUUCAAGACUCAAGUUGAAACUUUCAAUUUUAAAAUGAAUACUAUUGAUAGUUGAUUAUUUUUAUACCUAUGAUGUCAAAAAAUCUGAAACUACUAAAGGGCUCGUAAUAAAAUCAUUACACUCGCGCCGCCCAAAAGUAGGUACCUAUCUUAAAUUUGCGGAUUACCUACCUUGUCCACUUGAUCUAUUUACGCAUAACAAAACACAACAAGAUCAUAAUAUCGUAAUAUUAACAACAUGGACAAGAACGAUGCUGAUGCGGGACACGAGACAACCGUGCACUGGUUCCGGAAAGGUAUGCGUCUGCACGACAACCCCGCGUUCAAAUUAUCGUGUGAAGCGAAGAACAGUAGCGGUGAGCGUUACAAGCUCAGACCCAUUUACAUACUGGACCCUUAUUUUCGCAAAUACAUACGGGCAGGUGCGAAUCGCUGGAGGUUCUUGCAGCAGAGUCUCGUGGACUUGGACACGACACUCCGACAACUGGGCACGCGACUGUACGUUAUCAGAGGGUUGCCACACGAAGUCUUUCCAGAUUUAUUUGCCAAAUGGAAUGUUAAACUGUUGACUUUCGAGUUGGACACUGAACCGUAUGCUCGAGAGAGGGACAAUCAAGUGGAACAACUGGCCAGAAAACAUGGUGUUAAAGUAGAACAAAAGGUCUCUCACACUAUUUAUAACACUGAACUUGUACUCAGGGCAAAUGGAGGCAGCGUUCCAAUGACUUAUCAGAAGUUUGUAUCUGUUAUUGGCUCGAUGCCAACUCCUCGUCGACCAAUACCUGCACCAGAUAUGUUGCCUUCUGAGUGUCUACUUGAUGAUGACUUAAACAACCCAGAGUUUGAUGUGCCAACGCUGGACGAAUUGUUAACAUUAAAGGGUUUCAACCCUGCAGAACUUAAACCGUGUUUGUACCCUGGUGGAGAAAAAGAAGCUCUCAGGCGUUUGGAAGAAUAUAUGAAAAACAAGACAUGGGUAUGUAAAUUUGAAAAACCAAAUACAUCACCGAAUAGCCUAAAGCCCAGCACUACUGUACUAAGUCCAUAUAUGAAAUUUGGGUGUUUAUCGGCUAGUCAUUUUUAUUACAGAUUAAAAGAAGUUAUAGGUAAUAGCCCUCAUUCUAAACCUCCUGUAUCUCUGAUUGGUCAGUUGUAUUGGAGAGAGUUUUAUUAUACUGUUGGUGCUUCAACUCCCAAUUUUGAUAAAAUGGUUGGCAAUUCAAUUUGCUGUCAGGUACCGUGGGACAACAAUCCUGAUGCGCUAGAAGCCUGGACAAAUGGUAAGACAGGAUAUCCAUUCAUUGAUGCCAUCAUGAGACAGCUGAGAGAUGAAGGCUGGAUACACCAUUUAGCCAGACAUGCUGUUGCAUGUUUUUUAACCCGAGGAGACUUGUGGAUAUCUUGGGAAAAGGGUUUAGCUGUAUUUGAAGAAUUAUUGCUUGAUGCCGAUUGGUCAAUGAACGCUGGGAAUUGGAUGUGGUUGUCGGCGUCAGCAUUUUUCCAUCAAUUUUUUAGAGUUUACAGUCCAGUUGCAUUUGGUAAGAAGACUGAUAAGAGUGGUGAUUACAUCAGAAAAUAUAUCCCAGAAUUGGCCAAAUAUCCAGAUCAGUAUAUAUAUGAACCAUGGUCGGCACCCAAGUCCAUUCAAGAAAGAGCUGGUUGUGUGGUUGGAGUGCAUUAUCCAAAACGAGUGGUAGUGCACGAAGAUGUAUACAAAAACAAUAUUACAAAAAUGUCAUUGGCUUAUAAGACUACCAAAGCUGGCAAGAGUUCCAAUAGUAAAAAAUCUAGAAAUGUGUCAACAUCCCCCGAUAAGAAAAAUAUAAAAAAACCUAAAUUAAAAUGAUUGUUAUGUUGUUUAGUUACCCAAUUUGUUUUGAAUAAAUAAUUGCUAAUGUGAUCUUCAGUCUUUUAACCGAUUUUAAUUAUAUUUUUGUUAUAGGUACUGUACGUUAACUUUGAAAUGUAUAUUAUUAUUGUCAAUAUUUGUCAUGUUUUUACUAUUUUUUUAAUUCAACGAUUAAUAUUUUUGUAUAUUUAAUUAGUACUUAGUAAGUAUUUACGUAGGUAUCUAAUUAAAAUAAUUAUUGUAAGUAUUGUUUCAAAUUUUCACAUUAAUAUAGUACCUAUGUUGUAACCUAUUGUACUAAAAAACAUUAUUUAUUUUCGCAAUAUAUUAUUUUUAAUAUUAUAACUUAAGUUAUUUCUGAAUAAAAAUCGAACCUUGUUUGAACAAAUUGUAUUUAAGUAAGGUAUUGACUAUAAUUACAUUUAUUGAAAUUUUGUUGUUGUUACUUGUUUUUUGUUACGCAAUAUUGUAUACAUGACGGUCAAGUCGUAUAUCGUGUGACGUGUGUUGGUCGUACUAAUUAGUUCCCGAAGACCCGAAGCGAAAACGAGUACGUUGUACUAUUGUACACGAGUACACGACAACCGAAUAUUAUGAUGACCAUGAUAAUGAAAGUGGUGAAUGGUGAUGAAUGAUGAUGAUGAUGAUGACGAUAACAACAACAACGACAACCUUGAAACGAAAAAUAAUCACGGUCUUCGUCAAAAAAUCCAGUCAGCAGCAUAUUACUAUUAUUAUGACGUUUAAAACUGGUCAUGGCGGAGAAACGGGUCGUGGCGGUUUGUUUCCACUGUUCAAUAUAAUACCUAUCUAAUUAAUAAAAUAUAUACUGUUGUCGGCACUUAUACUUCGUUUUUGAACGAAUUAUUUUCUAAAAAAUCCAAAGAACUGAGGCGAAAAAAAAUUAGAAAAGAAAAGGAUGCCUCGUUCCGUAGUUGCGCUCAGAAGUCGGAAUUCGCAUUUCGGUACGCAUAAUUUACUAUUUUAGCGUCGUGGCCCGGCGGUGUGCCCGUUUCUCAUUGGCCGCUGCCGGAGUGGCGCGAUCGUGAAAGCCCGCCCAGCCAUACGUCAUCGGUCCGGCGCCGCCGGGUCGACCGUCGACCACGUCGUCACGUGCGCGUACAGCGGUUUCGUUCAAGCGCCGGGUGUUCGAGGCGUAGGUGUGGCCGCUGCCGCGGUUGUUCCAUGACGACGCGGCGACGGCGGCAGCCACGCGUACUCGGCCAUACGGACCAC